UUUUAUUGUUAAAAAUAACGACGGUACUCUACUAUUAUUGCUUUUAACAGUAUGUGUGCGAUAUGUUUUCGCGAACGGUUUGGUUUAUUUUUUUGCCCAAAGUAUUUGGCAAUAGAGUAACCUCCCUUGUUCCAAGACUUCCCUCUACUAGCCGCCAUCGAAAUUGUGACGGAUAGAAUUUUUAUUUUCCAUUUUUAUUACAUUGCAGCUUUUUUUUAGGGGUUUAGCGAUAAUGGCCGCAAAGCCUGGAGUUUUAUAAUGUGAAAAUAUUCAGGAAUCACCUCCCUCACUGUUUAAUGUAACAAAUUUGUAUCUAUUUGCAAUUUAAGAUUUCCAACCGUUACGUGGAGAUACAUCAUCUAUUUAGCUCUGUGUGCAACUCUUGCUUGUUUAAAAGUAUAUGUACGACUUUCAUUUAGCAGCUAGAGUUGAUCAAAGAGAGGGCUCGAGUCAUAGCAGAUCUGCCUGACAAGGCUUUUGAUGACUUGGUUGUGAACGCCCGAGACUUCAGUCUCGCCAGUCAUCCGCUGAAGAUGAGCCGGCAGCAGCACGGAGAGGAGAGGACCUCGGACAGUGAGGACGAGGACGGUGGGAAGCGAGAGUCCAUUUCGGAGCUGUUGUCCGACAGGGCCGUUAGGUGCGUCGACCCCAUCGACAGGGACUCUGGACUGCUCGGCUCCAGCAAGGAGACAGAGAGCUACCAGAGCUUGUCGUCCGAUCCGGAUGGGAGCGACGGCGAACGAGGCGCCUUCGACUACUUCCAGCUGCAGAGCAUCAAGAUCAACAACAACUGCAGCCCGGACUUCGAUGAGGCUCACGAUGUAGAGUCCGACAAGAGCUCGGUGGAGUCGCCGCGCAGUGAUGCGUCGAGCACGCGAGAGUACGAUGUCACCACCCCCCAGGACGAGUCGUUUUCGGGCACCGAGAUGAGGACCCUUAAAGUGAGCAACGAAGAUUUCGAAGACGAUUGUCCGAGCGAUGGCGAAAGCUGUAGAGGUUCUCAACGAAACUAUUCAUCUAGAGUGAAUCAAAACAAAUCAUUCCAAACAUCAACAAACAUGCAUCGAAGAGUUGACGAACCUGUUAAGUUCUUUGAACAGAGUUAUUGUCGCACUUCGAUAAGUGAAUCUGACAAUGGGUAUGCAAGGAAAGCAACACAUUUCAGACGUGACGGUAAAGAGAUCGAAAAUGCUAACAAUCCAUUCGGUGAUAAAAAUCAGUUUGCCAAUGUUGCUAAAUCGGUCACCGGUCUCUUGAGUAGCACAGCUUAUAGUGGAAUCCCACCCAAUAUGCCUGAAGGUGAACUGCUGAAAGAAGAAGGGAAGAAAAAACCAAACGGGAAGAAAGGGUCGAAAGAUGACAGUGAUGAACACCUCUCAGAACGGAGCCGUAAAUCGCUAGGUGAUGACAUUAAUGGCAACAGACUAGACCCCUCCACUCCUGCCUACUAUAGGCAAAUGAGAGAUUUAUCCAAAACGGAGGGUAGUUUACAUUGCAAGCAAGGAAAUGGAACAUACAACCAGAGUAAGCAAAUCGACACCUCAGGACACGGGCAGUCAGACAGGGACUUGGACAACUCGUCUAGUAAUUUGGAUAGUAAAAAGAAACGCAGGCGAAAAUCUGAAGAACCGGUGAAUUUAUCCGAGAACGUUCCCAAUUAUGUUGGAAAUAAGCUUGGACUUGACGAGCUUCUGCAGUUUAUCGGAACAGGCGAAAAAGGCGAAAAACAAAUCAAGAAGAAAUUGAAUCGUAAGAACACUCCUGAAUCAUCCGUAGCAAAACCCGACAAGCUAAACAAAAAAAAUAAAGACAAAAAAGAUAAAAUAAAAUCAUUUGAUAGUGCAGACGACGUAUCACUAGUUGGUGAACAGUCUGUUGGCAGCAGUUGCAGUGCAAGCAUCUGUGAGGAUAUGGGUAAUUCUAGUGAGAAACCUUCAACUAAUACCAAUGAAAAGAAUAACCCAGAUGAAGACAAUUCAACAAAAGAGGAUAACAAAGUUUUGAAAAGUGUCGAUGGAAAAGCAUUGAAAUCAGAAACCAUUGCAGCCGAAGACAAAAAUAACAAAGUAAACAACCAGAUUGACAAAGUCGUUGCUUCCAAGUGUAUAUAUCCUACUAAAAAGGAAGCAGAAACAAAAGACAAAAACAAACCAAAACUAGUGAAGGAAAAACCUUCAGACAUUCAAGAUGUUAAUAAAAAGGUGGUAAAAGCAGAAGACAGUGUUGAUAACAAGAAGUCAAGUAAACAGAAAGUGAAGGCAGAAUUGCAAGUGAAAAACAACAAAAAGGUUGAAAACAUGGUUAUCGAGAAUGGACCUAGUCAAGUCGUUACUGACAGGAGUAACAGAGAUCUCAGCACUUCUCCAAAUUCUUCCAGUUUUAUUUUCACAGACAUUGAUCCGCCACCGCCGGUUGAAGCCGAGUUCACUGUGGUCGGCAAAACCAAGAAGAAAAAACGUCCUCCAGGAGAAUAUCCCAAACAUAAAAACAAUAUUAAAGAAUUUCGUCCCACCCAGCCACGCUCAGCUACACCACCACCUCCCAGCAAAGAAAAAAGUCACGAUCUCAGUCCAUCGGCCUUCCCUGUUCUUGCCAAUGUUAAUAAAUGUGGUUCCGGCAGGAGGAAUUCUUCGGGAGAUGUGCCCAUUGAUUCGGGGUCAGUUCGGUCCUGGGAUGAUAGUGAUAUAGAGUCUGUGAAGUCGCUGCCAGCUGCUCAGGGUGGUCGGCUGGCUGAUGUUGCGUCCUCUAGGUUUCCAGUGUCCUAUGCAAAAAUGGUUUCUGCCCCCAAACCACCAAAUUCGCCCAACUCAUCAAUUCCGCUAAGUCCUGGAAGCUGCGAUGAUGAUUUGUCCAGCCCCAAGACGACAAUUUGGAAGGGUAGUUUACACGAACGAAGACAUUCAAUUGGCUCAAGUCCUGAGGAUACCAAACCUGAUACUAGUCCAAAGUUUAAUCAGAGAACUCGUCAGAAAAGUGGAAGUCAGGAUAUUCUUAAGAUGGAAAAAAUGGAAGCAUUACAGAUGGAAGUGAAAGUCUCUGAUAUUUCUAGUGAAACAUUAAAUGAUGAGAAGGGUUGUGAUAGAAAUUUGAAAAGCUGUGCUGAUGUCCGAUGUCUUGGGCACAAACCAUCGCCCACAGAUGUAGUUAUUAACUCUUCCGAAGGGAAAGUGUCCACACAUGGCAGUAAUGCCAGAAUUCCUACAAUUACAUUUACAAGUGGUUCCAGCAUACCAGAACUUGUUCUGAAGGGCGACAAGUUGGAGGGCACCAAAAAAUUGUUAAAGUCCAUUGUGUCAAAUACCAAUGAAACCUCACGAUCUCACACCAUUGGUGGCAAAAAUGUAUCUUCUAGCAUUGUCAUUGAUAGUAGUUGUAUUGGUAAGACUACUGUCAGUAAUAAUGUAAACAAAGACCUCAGUAACAAGCCAACAAAUGUGAUCAACAACGGCCGAAAACCUAAGUCUUCAGUUGUGUUCCUCGAUAAGCGCUUCAUAGAGACUCCUCAAAAUCUCGACAUAACAUUUGGAUUCGACUCCAAUUUAGAUAUCGACAACAAGGGUGUGCUGGAGUCGGACAAAGCCGUCACCGUGUCGAGUGAUGCCGACUCUGCCCCGCCAGCGUGCCCCGUCGUGGUCAGUGUUACCACGGUGACCCACGACAAGACGAUGAGCGAUGCUAAUCAAAGUAUUCAUUCUUCUUCAAGUGUUUCCAUUGGUUGUGUUAGAAAUUGCAAGCUUACCGCUAACUUGGACAAACCGGGUGACGGUCCCAGCGAUGUAGUCCAAAGUGGGGGGCUGGUGGACGGGCAGCCGUCAAAUAGUUCCAAUAUUACGCCAGGGAAAGUGUCAAAAUCACACAUUGCAGGACUGAACGGUGUCGUUCAGUCUCAUUCUCAGGGUUAUAGAAAUAAGCCAACUUCUGAUGCAUUAAGGACCGACAAUAUUACUUCUGAAAAGAUGGACAGUGUUUCCCCUAAUCAUGAUACAGCCGUUUUAGUUUUCUAUGGAGAUGGAAUUGUAGCCAAAAUUGGAGAUGGCCAAAUUUGUUUGGACAGUAAUGUGAAAAGCAAGCAGAUAAAGUUUGUUCCAGAUAAUAACAUUACUGCCAACAAAUUUAAUUCUGCAGAGGCCAUAGCAUUUUUGAAAAAAGAAUGGGACAAUAUUAUUGAGUUAAAAGAGAAAUGUUCUAAUACUGUUAUCUUCUACAAUGGCCAGUAAAGCGCAAGACACUGAUUUUUCUGUGGACUGCCUUAAAACACACUUUGACUGUACAACAUGACAGACUACCUACUGGCGUCAGAUAAGCGGAAGUUGUGGCUUUGCUGACAAUUUGUUUUAUUGUUUACUGUUUUGUUUGUGCUUAUUGCCAGAAGUUGGCAUUAAACUAACGCCAGCUAAUUUUGCUGCAAAAUUGUGUGCAAAAACAAACAAAAAAAAAACAAUCUCGGCAGCGUUUUGUUUAUCCUUGUGUGGCAAGCAGUUUAGGAGUGCAAGCUCAUUGUCUUACUCCAUGCCAAAUCUUCAUGAACAUCAUCAAGUUUGUUACGUAUUUAAAGAGCAUAUACUAGUAUACAAAUAUAGCACAUACUACUACUAGGACAGAGAAAAGGAUGUACUAGGUCAAAGAAAAAACUUGUACUAAGACAUAUAAAAAGACACAUGCUUGGACACAGAAAAAGCAAAAACUAGAAUGCAAAUAAAGCACAUACUGGUACGGCAGAGCAGCACAUACCAGGACAUCAAAGAGCCGGUAUUGGAAUACAUAAAGGGCAUUCUUGUGUAUAUUGGACCACGCCGUAUUUUGUAACUGCAAGUCAUAUCAUUGGUUGUGUCCAUGAGAAAAUGUAUUAUCCAUCCAAACUCUAUUCAUCCAGAUAAAACCAUUUACAUCGGAAGACUGUACCUGUGGAAACUUGAGUUGAAUUUCUUAGAAAUCUUUGAAGCAUACCUCAGAGUACUCUUAGUUCAUAUUUUAUCCAAAAAAACCAACAGGCAUUACAAAUCUUGACCAUGUUACGGACCCAGGCAGAAAUACUGGCUGUUCAAGUAUUUAUUGUGGUAAUGUUUGUGUGUGACUGGUCUACAAUGCAUUUCAAACUGUUCAUUGACACUUCCAGCAACUAUGAACUUGUUUUGUCUCUCUUAGUCAGUUUUGGGUAUUGUCAUCGAUGAAAUGUAAUUCAGAUGCCCAUUGUGUCAGUUGUAUUUGUGCCUUUAUUUCAUCUUGUUUUGUGUCAUCUGUCCAUUCAUUGGUUUGCCUCCCAGUGCAGGCUUGUGAAAAUCUCCGACUGUUCGUCUUGUAGUCGUUCACUUGUGGUUAUUUUACCCCCCAACAAGAGGCUUUCAACUCCCAAGGUGCUACAGGACCAAAAGCCUAUGUUCUGUGAUACCAGUUUUUCGUAAUUAGACUUGGUGUCUUUUUUCUGUUCCAGGAACAGACAAAAAUCUUUUUUUGAAAAAAUGUGUUGAUUUUUUUUUUUUUUUUAAUCUUUCGAUUGAAAAAACUACACAAAAGCUAUGAAAUGGACUAUGCUGUAAAAGAAAAUAGCAGUGUGCCCAUUAUUGCAUUCAGUCUGUGAUUUGAGAUAUUUUAUUCUUACAGAUUUGUUUUCUUUCCAUUUUCGGUGAAACAGUACAUUGUGAUUCCUGAUUUUGUAUAUUGCUUUUUCAUCAAUACGUAGAACUGGAAUAUACCAGGUCGUGUAAUAUUGGGAGAGUGUGUGAGACUGGAGGACUGCAGCAGCAUCAACAUCUACAUCUACAUAACCAGGCUGAUUUAUUUCGAGGACCUGCAAUUCUGUGACCAAUUUAAUGUAUUCAUUUGAAAACCAGAGUCAAGUCUUGUUACUGUGGUUUACCAUCCUACAAACGACGAGCAUAACACUGGAUCAUUUCAUUCUGCAACAACAGCUAAUAUUUGGUUUCCUAUAAAUGUCUUGUUUGCUUUUGACUUCAACUGACUUUUUCUUGUUCAGUAUUUAUUUUUGCUCUUUAUACAAGCUUAAACAUUUUGUGAAACCAUCACUGCCUUCUAUAUUUAGUGUGUGCAGAGCUUGCAGAAGAGGCCAACAUGUUUCUUGUGGUUUUUUUACCAUUAUAGUGGUUAAGACCUAAAUUAGAGUAGCCACUCACUUUCAGCUGUAUUCACUCUGAAUAUGCCUAAAAUACCUAUAGGAAUACAAGAUCAUGCAUUCCGAAUAUCUGCUAUCAGCAGUGUGAUAAAGACUUUUGCAAUGAUGUUUUUUUUUAUGACUUGAGCACUGUUGGCCAACCAUUGCAGUAAUACUCGGAUGGCUUUUUGUGCUAAAUGUUAUUCUGUAAAGGCAACACAAAUGCAUUGUCAUUUAUAUAUUUUCUACUUUUAACCAUUUGUAUUGUAAGUGAAGUCACACAUUCUGUUACCUAAUUCUUCUUCCAAGGUAGUUUGCAUUUACGUUAUGAAGUUUAAAAUUAUUGAAAUAAGAGAACAUAGAAUGCUAUUUUCAUGUUGAUAUAAAUUAAGCAUUAACUAUACAACAAAGCUUUAAGAUUUUUUAUGGCAUUACUAUAUCAAAUUGAUACAUUUUGUAUUAACCACUUAAUUUGCCAAAAGACAAAACUGCAUGUCCAAUAGAUAAAUGUAACUAUGAUUUGAUCAAUUGUGUACAGGCAAUGUUUACUGAAUUUUACCAUCAGUUGUGGGGGGGGUUUUCUUAACUUUAUCACUGAUGCUGUAUUUUGGCAAGUGUUACGGUGUAUCUUUACAUAGCAAUUUCCUACAUGUAAGUUAACAAAUAUGUUUAAACAGUCAAGACAUGAUAGUCAAGCGUAUCUGAUGAAGAUCUUCAAUUUAUAACAUCUCGACAAGACUUUAUUUUUCAUUUAUCUCUGGGCAUGUAGCGUGCUAGUUUUCUGAAAAGCUCUUGUGUGGCUGGAAUUAGAAUUUACAUGUCUCAAUGAAAAAAUGCCAAAAUUUCUAUUUUGAAAGGUAAUAUUUUUGGUGAGUAAUGGUUUAUCUUGUAUACAUUAAAAAAAAUUCUUCAAAAGAUACCAUUCAUUGUAAACCAGUUUGGAAAAUGCAACUAAUGUUAGUUCUCUCUAAUGCAUUAGUAUCCAUACAUUUUUUUUACUAAGUUGGUGAAUAAUUUGAAUGUUGUGAAUGUACACUAAUUUUCCAACUUGUUGCCCUUCAGAACACUAGAUUUGGUUGGUAAAUUGAAAAAAUUAAUUACCCUGUGGCUUAUAGAAAAUAGAAUGCUUUUAGGGGGAUCGGAGGGUUACAAGUGUCAUAUAAUGUUCUUAACUAUACUGACAGUUGAAGAACAAUUUGAAUGUGUGGGGGUUUCGUUGGGUUUUUUUGGGGGUGAGAAUUCAUAAAUGAACAACCAACAUUUUACACGUUUUUAAUCAAUUAAAAUUGUCAUGAUAAAGGAUUGAAUUCAGGGUACAGUAAUAAAUAAGUGUUUCUUAGCUGAUGUUUCUAGAUUACAUUAGUACAGGCCAGUGAGAAAAUAAACAUUGUAAUAUGCCUUAAUAAAUAAAAUUAUGCAAAAUGUUCGCGUCUGCUGGAUUGGUACUGUUGAAAUUUACACAUGUAGGUCUGACUGAAGAUCCAUAGAUCAUAGUUUCACUGAGUUUCAACCCUUCGUGUGUACACAUAUCAACUGUCAUGGGUAUCGGUAUAACAGUAUUUUCAGUGACUUGUUUGUCAACAAUUUUGUCGUUAAUCAUACAUAUAUUUUUUCAUUGACAGACUGGGUUUUUUAAUAUAUAUUUGUAAAUUGCAAUUUCUGACCGGGUAAUUUUUAAUUAAAAAAAAAAUUAAUACUUGUACAUUCUGCAUUGCAAUCUGCAAUUAGAAAAAAAGAGAAAUCUUUGUAACUUAAUUUACUUUCUAUAAAGAAGUAAUGCUGAUAUGCCGGUAUAUAUGUAUUGCCAAAUAUUGACAUGCAUGUUUUUGUGGGGGUUUUAUGAAAAAAAUACUCACUUUAAAUCAACUGUAAACUUGUAAAAUGAAUUGAAUUCAGAAGGUGUUGGUAGAAGGGUCAUAUUUACUGAUAUUAACAUAGCUGUGUUUUAUUUUCAUUAUCAUACUAAAAAUAUAUAUCCAGCUUCAGCCAGUAAUGUUUUAACUGUACCUUGUGUAUGUGUGAUACAUAUGCAGAAUGUCAUAUACAUUUUCACUUCAUUGCAGGAGUUUAUUAUGAGACGAUCAAGUGGUAUGUCCGUGCACACAGUAAACGAGUGCAGUGAGUAAGAACAAUGUAUACGACAUUCAGUAUUUAUCACAUUAUAUAUGUCAUAUCCUUUGUAUCUUCGUCUUACCAGUAAUUUAAUAUUGAAGUGUACCGUUUGCCACCUUCAUACCCAGAACUAGUGGGUCAUAAAUAGAAGUGUACCUAACACCAGUUAAACAUCUCCAGUUCAUGUGUGAUAUACGACAUGCUUGAGGGUUUUGUUUUCUAGUAAACAGUAUAAUAUAAAUCAGAAACCCAUACCCUGGGGCUUGAUCUUUUUCUUUAUCAAGAAAAAAAAGGCACCAAUUUUGGCACAGAAAUUCAUUACAGCAGUAAACAAUUUGCAAGGGAAUAGAGUAGUUUUUGGUUGGUGUGCUGGUAUAAUCUCAUAAAAUAAAGGUCCUCUAACUCGACUGUUUAGUCUUGCAGACAGUAGAAAUCAUAGUCACUGUGUUGUGAAAGAAUUAAUAUGAAAGAAUUGAUCUAACAGUGGUUCCAGUCUUGUAUUAAAUAUCUAUUUUUAUUCAGUGGAUCGAAAAGGUCUUUAAAAUAUAAUAAGAUUAAAUAGGAUGUAAUUAAUUGAAUGUACAUAUGAAUUAUAUAUACAUUUUUAGUCCGUAAUGUUUUACAUAAGUCCAAAAUAUAAUCUGUGCAUAUGUGAUAAUGUCUGUACAUAAUUGUAUGUUAUGGCAUUUUGACAACAGACUGAGGCAGAAUAAACUAAGAGUAGAAUUUGGCAUAAUAAGUCUUGAAAGCAGCUAUUUAUGAUGUAAUUAAAGAUGUGAAAUGUAUUGAGACUAUUCUUUCCUGUAGGCUCCUCCUCAAAUAGACAACAGUACAAAUGAAAGUGAAAUGUUUUCGCCAUUAAGCAACUCGAAUGCACUACAGUAUGAAUAAACUGAUUUGUAAAAUGUAUUCAACUAUUGCCAGUAAGUUUUUUCUCAAAUGUGUACCAGAACACAUGCAACUGAAAUGUAUUUGGACAAAUAAUUUAUGUAUGUUAUUCCUCAAAUGUAUUGGGGUACAAAUGAAACUGAUAUAUCAUAUAUGUAUUCAGACAUGUAUUCCUUGUAUGCAGAACAGUUCAAAAACAAUGUAAUUGAAGUAUAUUUAUAUCUUUAAAAAAAUACCCAAACUUUUCUUAAAUAAACCACAGUAGAAAUGAAGAUGACUUGUAUUCAGGAAAUCUUUCGGGUUGUUUUUUUUAUUUUAAAAAACUAUUCCUCACAGUACAGGUAUAACUGAGACAUUCCUUCUCAAAUACAAAAUGAUAUGUACAUUGUAUUUCACUUGUUGUUUCCUGCAAGCACAACAUGAAACUGGAACAGACAUUGUAUUUGACCAGUUGUCUCCAAAUAUAUGUAGCAUUUGAAGCAACGAGAACUCUUGAUUGAUGUUUCCUGCUAAAGCUACAUGCCAUCGUAAAGGAAUCAUCAGUCAAGGAAUGAUCUGUGGGCGAAAAUGCUCUCAUCGUGAAGCAGUGACCCACGUGUGCUGUGGACGAGGAAUUCCAUGGUGUGAUGAUAAUCAUGACACCAAUCAACUUGAGCCAGAGAGGAAUGUAUCAGAUCUUCCACUGAUGCCUGCCGACUGCUGCACGAACACACGGCCGACAGCACUUGUGGGUUGAGAUAAUGCCUGACAGGACAACUGGAAGAAGUUUUAAAAGCUUGUCAAAUGGAUAUUGUCCUGUGGAAAGGCCUUUUGACAUUGUUGGAUAGCUUGCAGGAAACAAUAUGUAAAAUUUACAUAAUAAGAAAUAAUACAGCAAAAUUCAGAAAACAUUGAGUCAUCCAUCUUUGCUUGUUGUGUGUCCAAUAUUUCCAAGAUUUCAUGCUUAAGAACACUGACACACUUAAGUGAUUUAAUUUAAAUUCAGUAUCAAAUUGUUUUUGUUAACAUAAUAAUGAGUCUGUGGCCAGGUGUUUCUAUUAAUAUUUGAGUUAUUUCUCUUUGAACUUUGUGCUUGAUCAGUCAUGUUUUUUAAAGACUAACCAUCCUGUUCCCAAAUUAGUCACUGGCAAAGUCAGAGAUUAAGUCCAGGAUGGGCAUGCCUGAACCUAAUGGAUAUGGACACGUUAAAAGAGUUCCCUUCCCUUUAAUAUAACGUUUUUAUCAAUAAAUUCCUGAGAUAUAUCUAAAACAUAUAUGUCAGCAUAGUUAGUUCUUGUUUUAUAACGUGACUGCUUUAAUACAAGCUGAAUAAUUUUUCUUAAAUUCAGUCUUGAUACAUAUAUAUAUAUACACAGAACUGAACCCUUGGUAAGCAGGAAUUCCAUCAUAACCAGAUGUUUUUCACAGUCCCUUUUAAAAUAUUGGGACAGAACAUAACCUCUCUAAACUGGAUACUCUUUAAAACAGGACUUUUUGCAUGGUUGCGUUGGUAUCCAGUUUAGUGGAGUUUCACUAUACCAUAUCAACCCUUUUAUGGAGAUCCAUUUUUGGAGCAUAACUUUUGAAUUUUUAUGAGUUAUUAAUUAAGUUCAUUAUUUGUUAGUAUUGAGUUCAAAGGGUUAUAACUUUACAAAUCUUGUUUGUAUUAUAUCUGUAAUCUGUGGGAGAUAUUCCUGAUAUGCGUAUGAGUGUUUCAGUCGGUAGUGAACCCAUCCUGCCGUACACAGAUACCCAUGUUGUGCCACAUUUCACUUGAAUGAAUUGUGAAUUUUAACGCUUGAGCGACAACACGUUUCCAAGAAUAGAACCAGAAAUUACCAUUAACGCACACAUCUGGUAUACCACGACAUGUUAUUAUUGAUAAUUGAAUGGGUGAUGCAUUUCUUAUGUUGAAUAUUAUUACUCGUGUUUUAGCUGCUGUUGCAUUUUGUUGUGUGUGCAAAUUGAUGUAGGCUUGGUGCCGGUCACAGGAAAAAUGUUUCUCUCGAACCUUUUUUUAUUAUUAUUUUAAAUGUUUGAAUGUGAUACAAUUCAAAGAAGCUGUUUCUGUUUUAAAGUAAAAUAACAUACCGUACAUAUAGCCACUUUAAAAAAACAACAAAACAAAAAAAAUGCUAAACAAAUUCCAACUGCUUUUGGAAGUAGAAAUAGUUGAGUUGACCGUUUGGGUUUGGUAAGCAUCAUGUUUAGUGUCUAUGCUUAAAAUAAAACUUCUGUGUUCAGUU